AUGUCGUUAGCUGAAGAACAAAGAAGACAGAUAGAACAAUUAAUGGGUCGUGAACAAAUACGGCAUUUUCAUCAAAAAGAUCCAGAUUUAUUAUCACCAAAAGUUUGUAAACCAUUUCUAAUCAAUAUUUGCCCCCAUGAUUUACUAUCAAAUACAAAAUUAAAUAUAGGUAAAUGUCCAAAUUUACAUCUAACCAAACAUAAAAUAGAGUAUGAAUCAAAAUUGAAAAAAAAUGAUACAAAAUUCAUUAAACAAAUUGAUUUAGAGAUUCUAAAAUCAUUGAAAAAGUUUAUAAAUGAAAUUGAUCAUACUAUAUAUAUAGCUGAGAAACGAUUAGAACAUACACCCGAAGAAAAAGCCAAAAUUGCCAAUUUUACAAAAGAAUUGGAUGACUUAGAUAUUGAAAUUGGUUUAAUGCUACAAGAAUUGGAAUAUUUAUUUAAAAAAGAUCAAAUUAAUAAGUUACUACAAUAUUCAAUUGAAUUAAAUUCAAAAUUAUUAGAUCGUAAUAUUAAACAAGAGCAAAUUAGGAAAUUAAUUGAAAAUAUAGGCCAAUCAAGUCAACAAAAAUUACAAGUAUGUGAUGUAUGUGGUGCUUAUUUAUCAAGAUUAGAUAAUGAUAGAAGAUUAGCUGAUCAUUUUGUAGGAAAAAUUCAUUUAGGUUAUGUUCAAUUAAGACAAGCUUAUAAUGAAUUAAAACUGAAAUAUAAAUGA